UGUGUAUUACAUUGUUUCCAUGACGACCACAACAACAAAUAGCCUCAGGCACUUUUCUUUAAAAUUACUUCUUCACUCCUCAAACUUGCUAACUAUAGCACGCAUGGAGGUGAAACUUGGUGCGCAUGUGUAUUACAUUGUUUCCAUGACGACCACAACAACAAAUAGCCUCAGGCACUUUUCUUUAAAAUUACUUCUUCACUCCUCAAACUUGCUAACUAUAGCACGCAUGGAGGGGAAACUUGGUGCGCAUGUGUAUUACAUCGUUUCCAUGACGACCACAACAACAAUU